UUCGUGUAUGCAACAUGAUCAGCACAGCACACAGUUGACAGUACUUCUCCGUGUUUGCCUUCAAGUAUGAACUGGACUGUCAACUUGUGACUGUAUUGUGUGAUCAAAUUACAACUUUUAACUUUAAUUUGUGCUGGUUGGUAAUAUCUAGAUUAGUCGUCUUUACUCUUUAAGAGCUAAAGAAUUUGUAAAGAAUACUCCUAUUUAUAACUACUUAGUCAUACGUUACGUUAUUUAUUGUAGAUUAUUUAAUUGUGGGUGGAUGUUUCUGCGUCGUACGUAAUUCGUAAUAUUCCAGCAUUCCAUUUCCGAAAAUAAUUAAGCACUCAACGAUAAUCUUACUUUAAGAACCGUUAUUAAAGUUAUAUAAUAUCACUCUAUUAAAUAUGUGGAGUCGGAAGCAAUUACUGAUUGCUCUUCUCAUGGUCACAACUGGUUCGUUAAAUACACUGAGUACAAAAUGGGCCGACACGAUGCAAUCAAAAGGGUCAGAUGGAGUAUUGAGACCAUUUGCGCAUCCCUAUUUGCAAGCCUGCUCGAUGUUCCUUGGGGAAAUUAUGUGCCUUAUUGCAUUUAGCAUAAUUAUGUUGUACAAGAGACGAAGAUCGGGAGAACUUGACGACCUGGCACCACUAGUUGAUAAUAGCCCAUCAUUCAGUCGAUGGAUUUUUCUGCCCCCUGCCCUCAUGGACAUGAUUGCCACCAGCACAAUGUAUGUGGGGCUGACGCUCACGUAUGCGUCCUCCUUCCAAAUGCUGAGGGGAGCAGUCAUAAUCUUCACUGGCCUUCUUUCGGUGGCCUUUUUACAUCGCGUGCUAGAGUCCAUUAAAUGGCUUGGGAUUUCUUUCAUCAUUCUUGGACUGACGGUAGUAGGAACAAGUGACUUUAUUUUCAAGUCCAAUGACGACUCGCGAGGACGAAACAACAUUAUCACGGGGGACUUGUUAAUUGUGAUGGCCCAAAUCAUCACUGCUUGUCAAAUGGUGUAUGAAGAAAAGUUUAUCAACAAACAUAACGUUCCUGCCUUGCAAGCCGUCGGAUGGGAGGGUGUGUUUGGGUUCUGUACAUUAGGAUUCCUUCUCAUUCCCAUGUACUUUAUCCCUGUUCCAAAACCUUUUGGAAAUCCACCCCAUUUUGUGUUGGAGGAUGCCCUGGAUGGAUUUGUUCAACUAGGAAACAAUCCAAAGCUUGUCUGUGCUUUUAUUGGAACAAUCGUUUCCAUCGCCUUUUUCAAUUUUGCUGGUGUAUCGGUCACAAAAGAAUUAUCUGCAACAACAAGAAUGGUAUUGGAUUCAGUGAGAACAUUAGUGAUUUGGAUGGUUAGUCUUGCUGUACAAUGGCAAACAUUCAACUACUUACAACUCAUUGGAUUUUCGUUCCUAAUCUGCGGAAUGUGCUUGUAUAACAAUGUAAUAAUCGUCCCAACUUUGCAACGGUGUGGUCUGGUCCCAGCUCCUCGCCGUUUGUUCAGUGAUCCUCCAGAUGCACUUUUUAACCCUACCCCUGCUGCACCCCCUCAAGUAGUAAUCACACAGAAUUCAGAAACUAUGCACGAGUCUUAAGUCUUAACUUGUCAAUUUUAGUGAUUUUGAUACGAAAUCGAUUCAAAUAAAAAUUAAAUUAUCUAGAAUAGAACGACUUUGGAACUGGUUUACGUACGAUCGUCUUAUAGAAAUUAUACACAAAAGUCUGAUAUUUGUAAAUAAAAUUACUUUUAUUAAUA